AUGCUGCAUAUGCUACUAGGAGGUGGACGUAGGUGCUUAAAGGAUAGAACCAGAAUGGAGCUCAGCCAAGGUGAAAUUGUGGCCAUCAAGAGCAUCAGCAAAGAUAAGCUUAGGGAUGAGGAGGCAUUGCAGAUGGAGGUAGAGUUUCUGAAGCUGUCGGAUCAUCCCAACACUGUGAGAUACUACGAAACCUUUGAGGAUGCAAAAGACAUCCACCUGGUCAUGGAGCUCUGCUCCGGCGGCUCGCUGGCCCAGUACAUCGAGAGCGCCCAUGACUCUUACGGGCCAGGCGUGUCCGAGGAUGAGCUUGCGCGAAUUGCCGUGCAGAUCUUGCAGGGCAUCGCUUACUGCCAUGCUCAUUCGGUGGCCCACAGGGACAUCAAACCUCAGAAUUUGCUGUUCAGCUGCGGGGAGCCGGCUUCAGGAAGUGCCAUACCAAUCGCCUGUUCUGGUCAUGGGGAUGCACCCCUGAAGCUGGUGGACUUUGGUAUCGCUGGGGUGGUGAGGAAUGACCGCCCCGAGAAGCGACUCCUAACAAAGUGUGCUGGCACAGUGGGUUACAUGGCCCCGGAGGUGUUUGGUGCGAAGCCCUACGACGGAAGAUCAGCCGACAUUUUUUCCAUUGGUGCCGUCAUGCAUCAUAUGAUUGUUGGUUUACCGCCGAGCUGGAAAUCUGCGAAGAACGCUUAUGAUUUUCCUGGGCGGCUUCGUUAUGAAAAGUUGUCCGAAGACUGCCGGUCGCUUUUAGAGCACUUGCUCCAUGAUGAGCCGGAAAUGCGACCCACGGCCGCAGAGGCCAUCCGGCAUUCUUGGUUCGACAACAGAGGAGUUCAUCUGCAAAAUGGGUGUGGGGAUGCUGAAAUGGCUUCACUACUCGAGCAAUGCUUCAGGAGGAUGCACCGUUUUUCGCAACGAACGCAGCUGCAGAAAACCGUCAUGUACAGCAUGGUGGCGUUCGCACCUUUGCACAACCACCAUAUGGAGCAGCUUCGUGCUGCGUUUCUGUUCGCAGAUCGAGGCACAGCUGCAGGGGUGAGCUGCUUCGAGUUUGUGGAGCUGGGAAGGAAGUACAGCUCCUUCACUUCUGCUCAGUUGCGCCAGAUCUUUGCCACCGCAAAUGUUUCCAAGACUGGGAAGCUGUCUUACUGUGAGUGGUUGACUGCCUCUGCAGAUGAUCAGUGGUACAGGAUCAAGGAGCAUGCAGAGAGGGCGUUUGACACCCUCGAUGUGAAAAGAAGCGGCUGUCUGCGUGCGUGCGACUUGAGCAAGUUGCUGCCGAAGGUGUUCGAUCUCCAGGAGAUCGAAGAGGAGAUCAUAGGGAUGUGCUCCAAAGGUGAGGGCAAUCUCCGCUUUGAGCAGUUUGUGGCUUGCGCCGUCUCCUCUGAUUUCUACUAG